AUGCCUACAACAAAGAAAACGUUGAUGUUUUUAUCAAGCUUUUUUACAAGCUUUGGGUCUUUCAUCGUAAUCUGUGCUACUCUUGGGACUCAAGAAUGGGUCAGCAGUAAAAUUGCCAUUAAUGAUCUUUCUUCAAAUGGCAGUAUUGUGAUCACCUACGGACUCUUUCGCGGUCGGAGCACUCAAGAACUGUAUCAAGGACUUGCCGAACCAGACAAAUAUUUUGAAGUUUUAGGGAAGCUGAACAGCUCUUCGUCUAAGACGCUGCACUGGGUGGUCAUCCUGGCCCUGUUCCUCGGCUUGUCCACUUCGCUGCUGAGUUCCGGCUUCACCCUCUACAACAGCAUCAGCAACCCCUACCAGACGUUCCUGGGGCCGAUCGGCGUGUACACCUGGAGCGGGCUCGGCGCCUCCUUCGCUUUCCUGACCAUGGUGCUGUUUGUGGGGAACGUCCAGUCCAAUCACCUCUCGGAAGACCUGGCCCAGGUGCUCUACCCACUUUAUCCGUCAACCAUUCACGGAGGGAUGACCCACAGUUAUGGCUACUCCUUUUGGCUCCUGCUGCUCACCGUGCUUCUGAAUAUUGUCACCGUGGUCAUCAUCGUUUUCUACCAGAAGGCCAGAUACCGGCAGAAGCAGGAGCAGAAAAAGCCGAUGGAAUACGCUCCAAGGGAUGGGAUUUUGUUCUAA